CAAAUACCAUUUUAAGCAACACAUCCAAUAACAAAACAAAAUCCCCCCCCCCCCCCCAACAUCUCUUACUAUACACAAAUUAAACCAGCCACAAAGCCAACAUGUCGUGGCAAACUUACGUAGAUGAGCACUUGAUGUGUGAUAUCGAUGGCACAGGCCACCACCUUACUGCCGCUGCUAUCAUUGGCCAUGAUGGCAGUGUCUGGGCUCAGAGCUCUAAGUUCCCUCAGUUAAAGGGUAAUGAGAUCACUGACAUCAUGAAAGAUUUCGACCAACCAGGCCACCUUGCACCUACUGGCUUACACAUUGAGGGUGUAAAGUAUAUGGUGAUCCAGGGUGAACCUGGAGCUGUUAUUCGUGGAAAAAAGGGACCAGGAGGGAUAACAAUCAAGAAAACAGCACAGGCGCUUAUUUUUGGGAUCUAUGAAGAACCAGUGACUCCAGGGCAGUGCAACCUGGUUGUGGAGAGGUUGGGAGAUUAUCUUGCAGAACAAGGCCUGUAGUGGACCUCUGCCUACACUUUCACAAAUCAACCUGGUUGAUUUACUCCAUAAAUGUUUUGUUUUGUUUUGUUUUUUUUCCCCAGUUUUGGGCACUAAUUUUAAUGCCAUUCAUUUUUCUUUCGAAGAUUCGAAUAUUAUGUAAUUUUUCUUUGUGAAAUGGGAGAAUCAUAUUUCAAGUU